AUGGAUGCAUUCUUGGAGUACCUUGGACACCACGCCAUCAGAAGUGCCACCAACUACGGGUUCAACCUCACAUUCGGAUAUGCGCUGCAGCAGUGCUCCCGAUUACUGAAAUCGGUCAAUGACAAGGCGGUCCGCACUGAGCUCAAGGCGUUGCAGAAAUUGCUGGACGGCAAAGUCAAGAUCAUCUCUCCCGCCCUUGACCUCAUCGAGUUCAAGUCUGGCAGAGGAAAUACGUUUCUAGAAUCAGCAGUGCCCCUCGCCAAAACUCUUCGCCGAGACAUUGUGCGCCUUGGGAAGCGGCUUGACAAUGCAGCGAGUGCGGAGGAACACGCUCCCAAUGCCGCUCAGCGGGACUUGGUGUCGGAGGCUCGUCAUACUGAGCUGCUGCUUAUCAUGAAGGACAUCAGGACCCUUCUCGAGCGAAUCGACCGAGACAUCCCCCUCCUACAGUUCGCCAUCACUGUCUCGGGCGAGAAGAUGUCCACAGCCAUGACACCGGGUAUCUCCCCAUCAAGGAUGAUGCAGGCUAGUGCCCUGCUCUCCUUUGCCGAUGCGCACUUUGUCCUGGAUCCCAAUCGAACCAUGCAGGUUGGCCCCUCUUUUACACUUUCCCUGUACAUGCUGUUUCUUGGGCAUUCUCAGACUGGGCCCGAUCCUGGCGCAGGGGAAGCCUCACCGUUGACUCCCUCUGUGUCAGAGGCUCAAUUUCCCAAGGAAGCCCCAUAUGGCCUCGGGGCAGGUGAUAGGAAACCCAUCUGGCAGGAGGUCAUGCACAAAGCUCGUGUGCGGCUAUGUCGCACUCCUGCAAACCGUGCUUUUGAUCCUACUCAAGGGCAUCGGCCAAUUGGCGCUGACGGCACACACUUUUCUGCAGCGUUUUCCGACGCAACAGCUCUGCCAUGCCUCGGGCUUGUAGACGGGUACUCAUAUCAUUUGGAGAUCAUUGAAGAUUUGGACGACGGGAGGCUCCAUGACGGGGACGGACCAAAGCCUCGGCCGUACGAUGGACUGCAAAUGGCUGGCAUCCGCGAGUCUAUCCCAAUACACCAGGUAUCCAAGAUCUUCUACACCGAUACCGGAAGAAUACUCAACAUCGGAAACAAUGAUGAUGGGGACAAUAACCCUGUUCUGCUUCUGAAGAGGGAUCCUACAGCCAAAUCUCCAAUCAAAGUGCGGCAGGAGUGGCUUGACGUGCCAGAGCCAGAGAUGGAUAUGGACGAGUCACAAUCUGACACUGCAUUGGAGUCUUUUGACUCAGACGACCAAGAAAAAGUAGACCGGCAGCUGUUGGAAGAGACAGCGCACUCAGCAGAGUCACCGUCAAGCCAGGACAGCCCUCAGAAUACGAAUCUGCCGCAGCACCUGGACCCCGAGUGGCUGGCGCUCGAGGUAUACAGAGAGCAAGAGGAUGGCGGAGACGAGGAGCGCGAUGAUGAUGAUGAGGAGGAGGAGGAGGAGGAGGAGGAAGAAGGGGAUGGUGCUGGCAGCGACGGUGAAGCCGCCCGACGAGCAUUGACCGCUAACCAUCAUGCUCCGCGAAACAGAGUUGCGACCGACUCCAAGCUUAUGUCCCUAAUCGGGCACCUUUCUCUUCGUGCCGGCUCGCCUCCCCAGUAUACUGGACAACCCUCUGCCGAGCUCCGGAAACUCCAAGAGGACGCCUAUGCCACAAGAUCCCCGUUCGGCUCGAUCGCGUCGUCUCUCUCCCUGUUGGAGAUGCUGAUUCGGCUCACAAGCCUGCAAGAGUUCCAGCAGACAUCUCACUUGGCGAUCCCAGAUCAUAUCCUCACGUUUUUCUUGGAGGAGACGUCCACAACGGGGCGACAAGGGGAGGAACACUGGCGGAUGAGGAGCGAGGCAAAAUGGCGCAUGGGUUUUGAUCCUUACACUAAUGCCCUUCCAAGGUAG